AUGGAAACCAGUCCAGAAGUAAAAACAUUUUUUGGAAACAUUCAAAAGCUAUACAACUUUUUUUCUUGUAGUCCAUCAAGAUGGAAGAUACUUCAAGAAACUGCUGGCCUUUCACUACAUCCAAUAUCAGCUACUAGAUGGAGUGCCAGAAUUGAUGCUAUUCGUCCAUUAUCUAAAAAUUAUUCCGGUAUUCUAAAUUCACUUGUUCGUGUUAAAAAUGAAAUUAAUCUACCUGCAGAUUACCAUGCAGAAGCUGUUGGUCUAAUUUCAUGGUUACAUUCCUUUGGAUUUAUAUUGUUAACAACUAUAUGGUAUAAGGUUCUUCAGUGUAUUGAUGAUCGUAAUAAAAUUCUUCAGAGCAAAAAACUUUCCAUAGAUGAAAGUUCUAUGCAUUUUCAACAAUUAGCUACAGAAAUUCAACAGAUAAAAGACUCUUGGAAUGAUUUAUUACUGGAAUGUAAAUCAGUAGCUUCCACUGUGAAUUUAACUACAUUUAGAAUAACUUCAAGAGUUCGAAGAAAAAAACAUUUUCACGAUGAUAUUUCAGAUGAACAGCCUUUCAAUGAUAUUGAAAACAAAUUUAAAGUUGAAGUGUUUGUAACCGCAUUAUAUAGGCUUUUGUCAGAUAUUUAUGGUAUUCAAACAAGUAUGGAAAAAUAA